UGCUGCGGGCGGAGCAGCCAAAAUGCGAUCCGAGCGUGGAAACCGAACUGCAUUCUUGCAUCUAAGGAUGGUCGCUGCAGGUCAAAACUGAGGCACGUCGACAUGGCCAGAAAACUUCAUAUAAGCAGGGAACGGAUCGUAUGGAAACUUCAGUUGUAAAGAAUUGUACUGAAGUAUCAGCAGACUUUUUCUCCUGGCUCUGGAGAUAGUAAGUCACUGUGUAUCUCUGCCUUCCCAAGGACUGGAAUAACAUGAUUGGAAGUACCUGCUAGUGUUGGUUACCUGUACCCUAGCACGAGAGCUCCAGCUUAAUCCUUUUGAACACUUCUUCCAGAACAUGGAGGAAAACAAUGAUGAAAAAUACAGUCAUGCUGGACAGAUAUUUGAAAACUUUGUCCAAGCAUCAACAUGCAAAGGUACCAUUCAGGCUUUUAAUAUUCUCACUCGCCAACUUGAAUUAGAUCCUUUGGACAACAGAAACUUUUACACCAAACUGAAGUCAAGAGUAACCACAUGGAAGGCCAAAGCUUUGUGGAACAAGCUUGAUAAAAGAGCAAGUCACAAAGAAUACAAACGUGGAAAAUCUUGUAUGAACACUAAGUGUUUAAUUAUUGGAGGUGGCCCAUGUGGCUUGCGGACUGCCAUAGAACUUGCCUUCCUUGGAGCCAAAGUUGUCGUUGUGGAGAAGCGGGACACUUUUUCAAGAAACAAUGUGUUGCAUCUCUGGCCAUUUACAAUCCAUGACCUCCGGGGACUGGGAGCAAAGAAAUUUUAUGGGAAAUUCUGUGCAGGAUCUAUUGAUCACAUCAGUAUUCGACAACUUCAACUUAUCCUCUUCAAAGUUGCACUUAUUUUAGGAGUUGAAAUUCAUGUGAAUCUAGAAUUUGUGAAAGUCCUGGAACCUCCUGAAGAUCAAGAAAAUCAAAAGAUAGGUUGGAGGGCUGAAUUUCUCCCUGUGGAUCACCCUUUGUCAGAGUAUGAAUUUGAUGUUGUUAUUGGUGCAGAUGGCCGCAGGAACACAUUAGAGGGUUUUAGGAGAAAGGAGUUUCGUGGAAAGCUGGCUAUAGCUAUCACUGCCAAUUUUAUAAACAGAAAUACAACUGCAGAAGCCAAGGUAGAAGAAAUCAGUGGUGUUGCUUUCAUCUUCAAUCAGAAGUUCUUCCAGGACCUUAAAGAGGAAACAGGAAUUGACCUAGAGAAUAUUGUUUACUACAAAGAUAGCACUCAUUAUUUUGUGAUGACAGCAAAAAAACAGAGUCUUCUGGACAAAGGAGUGAUUAUGAACGACUAUAUUGAUACUGAAUUGCUCCUCUGUGGAGAAAAUGUGAACCAGAGCAAUUUGCUGUCCUAUGCCCGAGAAGCUGCUGACUUUGCAACCAACUACCAGCUGCCAUCCUUGGAUUUUGCAAUUAAUCACUAUGGGCAACCAGAUGUGGCAAUGUUUGAUUUUACCUGUAUGUACGCAUCUGAGAAUGCUGCACUGGUGAGAGAGAGACACAGACAUCAGCUCCUGGUGGCGCUUGUUGGAGAUAGUUUACUUGAGCCCUUCUGGCCAAUGGGUACUGGCUGUGCAAGAGGCUUCUUAGCUGCUUUUGAUACUGCAUGGAUGGUGCGGAGCUGGGCUCAAGGAAAACCCCCGUUAGAAAUCCUUGCCGAACGAGAAAGCAUUUAUCGACUCUUGCCUCAGACUACACCUGAAAAUAUUAACAAGAACUUUGACCAGUAUACCAUUGACCCAGGAACAAGAUACCCAAACUUGAACUCAAGCUGUGUUCGACCUCACCAGGUGAGACAGUUAUUUGUUACCAGUGAGUUACAGCAAUGUCCUUUUGAAAGAGUAAGCUCCAUUAGAAGAUCUGUGAAUCUCUCAAGACGUGAGUCGGAUGUUCGGCCUAACAAGCUGUUGACCUGGUGUCAGAAACAGACAGAAGGGUACCGUAAUGUUAAUGUCACAGACCUGACUGCCUCCUGGAAAAGUGGCCUUGCACUGUGUGCAAUUAUCCAUCGCUUCAGACCUGACCUCAUAGACUUUGAUGCUCUGAAUGAAGAAGACGUUGUCAAAAACAACCAACUGGCAUUUGAUGUUGCUGAGCGGGAGUUUGGGAUCCCCCCUGUGACUACAGGGAAGGAGGUGGGAUCAGCCGGGGAGCCUGACAAGCUCAGUAUGGUCAUGUACCUCUCCAAGUUUUAUGAGCUGUUCAGGGGCACACCUCUGCGGGCAGUAGAAACUGGUGACAAGCAAAAUGGAGAAAAUAAUGAUCUUUGUUCAGCAAAAUCAUCAAACUUCAUCUUUAAUAAUUACAUCAAUUUAACUUUACCAAGAAAACGAGUACCAAAGGUUGAAGGGAAAACAGAAGAAAAUGAGACUAACAAAAGACGUCGAAAAGGUCUUUUUGGUGCCUUUGAGGAGGCUUCAGGCUUUUCAAGCCAAGCAACAAGUGCUGGGAAAGAACAGAAUGAUAGUAAAGAAGGAAUGAACCAGAAUAAGGUUAAAUCAAUGGCAACUCAGCUGUUGGCCAAGUUUGAAGAGAAUGCUCCAAAUACAAUUUUUAGGAGGCAGGAGCAAAUAGAUAGACCAGCCCUGGUCUCUUCUGAUUCUCCUGUUAAUCCUCGCUUUGCUAAACCUAAGGAUCCAAGUCUUCUUUCACCUCAACCAAAAAGGCAGUUUCAGGUGGUAGCUAGAACUGCACACGAGGUCAGGGAACCCAAACAGUCUUUAAAUGGUUCUGAUCAUAUGGCCAGGAGACCAAAGACUGUAGAAAAAACAGAUACCCAGCCCAGUCUGUCAGAAACCUCUGAAAAUCUUGCAUCUGCCUGUUCCGCUGCAUUUGUACUCUCUGGAGUGCUUGAGCGUCUUCAGAACCUGGAGGAAAAAAUGAAACAGAAAAGAGCUCAGACCAUAGCAAGUAGAGAAUUCCAUAAAAAGAACAUUAAAGAGAAAGCGGCACAUCUUGCCUCAAUGUUUGGAUACAUGGAGUUUCCAAAGAGUAAGCUACCUACUAAAGGCUUAUCCCAUUCUCAGCCCCCAACUCCCUCUUGCCUUUCAUCUCAUGAUUCAGCUGCUGCCUGUCCUCCGUCAUCUGUAGGUUCAACUUCCCCUGCACUUCCUUCUAGACAGAUGACUGUAGGAAAGGUCUCAUGUGCAAUUGGAGCUAUGGCAGAAGUUCUUGUCAAUCUAUAUGUGAAUGAUCACAGACCUAAGCCACAAAUUCCCCCCCUUGAACUGAAGCAGUCUCUGGACAGAGCCUCAGAUUCUUGCCCCAUUCCCUAUUCUCCAUCUCCUGCCUCCACUACUCAGAGACAUCAGGGAUCUCUGCGAAAAGAAUUCCCUCAGUCUAUUGGGGGGAGUGACAUCUGUUAUUUCUGCAAAAAAAGGGUAUAUGUUAUGGAGCGUCUGAGCGCAGAAGGCUACUUCUUUCACAGGGAGUGCUUUAAGUGUGAAAUAUGUUCUACAACACUCCGUUUAGGAAUUUAUGCCUUUGAUGUUGAAGAAGGUAAAUUUUACUGUAAACCUCAUUUUACACACUGCAAAAUCAGUAAUAAACACAGAAAGAGAAGAGCAACAUUACAGGUUCAGGGAAAGGAGGCAACAGAAGCAUGGAAGAAAGAAGAACCCAAAUCUACAGAGACCACCACAGAAAGCACUUUAACUACUGCUAGCAAUCCAGAGGACAGGUCCCCAGGCUGCUGCCAGCCCGUGGCCAAUGAGCCCACCUCUCCGAAGAAGGCAAAGAGCAUCCUGGAGCGCCACAACUUGGAGAACUGGUCACCUUCUCCAGAGUGGACCACCGUGAGGGUCAUCCCUGAAGAGGAAAUGACAGAGCACAACCUCCUUGCUGUUCGAGUCAUGGUUACCAGUGAUGCAAGCAGCUCUGAGCUGGAGUCUGAGUUUAACGGUGAUUCCUCCAACUCUGAGGUGGGUGAAGGAGAGACCUCGCUGCUGGAGCUCCCUGCCUGUCCAAGCCCCCCCCGGCGGUGGGCAUCACUCUCCAGGAGCCCUGUGGUGCCAGAGGAAAGCCACAAAGCAUCCAAAGUUGCUGAUGCACUACAGAGAGCCAACAGCUUUCACUCCACUGCGUUAACUAAGUAUCAGAAUUGGAGAAGAAAAAUCCAAACAAAUUUCCCUCUGCUUUCUAACAAGAAACCUGGGCUACACUGGAAGGAGAGCUCAGCCAGCUGUCAAAGUGAUCUCAGAGAGGAUCAGUUCCAAACACAGUUGACUUCUUACAAGAAUCCACCAAAAGUUACAAGAGGACACGUCCAACGCUACAGCCCAGUAUCUCAAAGAAAAGAAAAAGUCAGAGAGAUGCAUGAAGAUGUCCAUCUCUACAUGCCUCAUUGUCCAUUUCAGAGCAGGGCCAGAGGUUCUCCACGGAUCCCUCGUGGAAAUGGGACGCUGACUGAUGAUUUUUUGGAGCCUGAAGAUAUAGAUUGUCACACUGGAACAUGUACGGGCCAGAGCUGGAAUGAAAACAAACAGAAUUACACCUCUGAAUCACAAGGUUUUAACAGCAAUGCCAAAGUGCUGCCAUGUCUGUGUUUGAAAGAAAAAGAUGAGAAAAAUACAAGGCACCCAGGAGAAAAGUUUGAGCAAGAAUUAAAGGAGGCAAAAAAGAGGCUGGUGCUUUGCACAGAACAGCAACGUAUGUUGUAUGAUUCAAAUGGGGUAGACUUAGGUGGAACCAGGCUGCAGAAUCAAAACAAAGGAGUGCUGGGGAUUUCAGAGAAGGAUAAGGAUACUGACUGGAGAAAAGGUGUGUUCAAACAAUCUCAUCAUUUGCCUCUCUUAUUUGCAGAUGAUGUACCACUGGCUUUGUCAGUUGACAUGAAAGGUGCUCUGAAGAAUCCAGAUACAGCUGCCAAGGAGCCUACAGCCAGCCAGCCAAAAUCACCACUGAGGCUCAUUGCCAAUGCAAUCAAGAGGUCCAUUUUGGAGCCUCUAACCUCAUCUACAGAAGGACUAAAGCAGGACUCAGACAGCAAAUCCAAAGCCUCUUCAGAAAAAACUUACUUCAGCUUCCCCAGUACUCCUGGCUAUUCCCUAAGCCAAAGGAACAGUAAUAACAACAGAGCAAAUAACAGUCAGCCACAGGAGCUUAAAAUUGGGAAGCAGGCUGGAGAAUAUUUAGGAAUAACUUGCAAUUCUCUCUCAACUCCAUCUAAUUUUUCUGUCAGCUCUGAAGAGAUAUCUCCAAGUGAAUACACCAAGGAGCUAUUCUUCCCAGUCUACAGUCCACAAAGCAGGCCUUCCAAGACCACUGGUAUACCUCAGAAAUCACCUUGCACUAGGAUGGAGGAUGUCCCAGGACUCCUAGAAAAGUUUACGUUUAAAGAAACUCCUCCAGUGGCUUCCAGGGGUGAUAUAUUUACCUGUAACAAGAAGUACCUCCUUGCUUCAUCUCGGGAACCCAAGAACGUUCCCAGGGACAAUCUAGAUGAUUCCACACAGAAGAGUAGUCUUGGGUCACUUUUUGAUAGACUGAGAAGUAAGGUUCAUGAAAGAGAAGGGAAUUUCCUUGUGUCAUCUCUGCCUUUCAUGAGGGACCAUUCUGCAGAAGACAGGCUACAUUUUCCUUCUGCAGGAUGUGAACAUCCAACUGUCAGAAAAGAGGCUGCUGAGUAUUCUACUUCUUCCUCCGAGGAUGAAUUUGAAUUGAAACCGUCAUUAACACAUAAGGCAAAAAUGUCUCUUAGAAGGAGAAGGAAGCUGGAGAAGGAGACAAAGCAAUUGAUUAAACAAGAGGAGCUGAAGAGGCUUCACAAAGCACAGGCAGUCCAGCGGCAACUAGAAGAACUGGAGGAAAGACAGAGAGCACUGGAGAUUUUUGGUGUUAAACUGGAGAGAGAACUCAGAGGAGAAUCAGCAGAUUCAGGUACACAAGAUGAAACUCAGAUGCUACAUGAGUGGUUUGAGCUGGUCCUGGAGAAGAAUAAAUUAAUGCGUUACGAGUCUGAGCUUUUGAUUGUAGCCCAAGAACUAGAACUGGAAGACCACCAAAGCAGGUUGGAACAGAAGCUGAGAGAGAAGAUGGCUGUUGAUGACACCCUUAAAGAUGAGAUGGAUCUAAAUGAGGAGGAUGAAAUUUUUACUGAGAUGAUGAAAACGGUUGAAGAAAGGGACAAACUUGUGUCUGCCUUAGAGGAGCAGAGAGUGAAAGAAAAAGCAGAAGAUCAGCACUUUGAAAGUAUUAUCGUAUCUAGAGGCUAUCAGCUGAGUGGGAUUUAAACAGCCAUAUGUAAAUAAACAUGAUUUCAGCAAUAUUCAUAAUCACAGAGGUACUAUCUUAUGAAAUAUGAGGGAAUUCAAAUUUGAAGUCAGCUUAUUUGGGAAAGGUCAUCUUGUUAUCUUAAGCAGUUUCUUUGCUUACACUCGAGUGAGUCAAUUCACUGUCAGCUUCAAGAAUAAAGAAUGGGACUGGAUUUACCUGUGUGAUGGGCGUCACGGUCUGUAAAAGGGAAAUUGGAGCUCUGAUGUUUUCUUGGAAUUUUAUUUUAAUGCUGAGAAUAGAGUUCCUGAGAAACAUGAUGACAUCAUCCAGUAUUUUUGAGAUGGCAUUACUUUCCAUCUGUUUGUCUGACUCUGUACGUGGUUUUGGGGAUAUUUUGGCACAGCCAAGCAAUGAUGAACUAUUUAAAGGACAAAAAGCAAGUUUCGUGUAUAAAAUUGUUUAAUAAUAAAUAAUUAGUUUUUAUUUCUGGUGGAGGAAGGGUCUUUUGACUAAUAACUAUGUAUAAGCACUCAUUAAAGCUAUUGUAAAUGCAAUGUCAGAAAUUAAUUUUCCAGGUAUUUCUAAGUUUUAGAAUACUGUGUAUUUUUGAACAAGAUGUUGAAACAAUAUUAAAUCCCUGCAUUUUGUAAGGGAUCAUCAAAUGGGUGACUUAUCCUUAAAACUGUUAUAGGCUCAAAAUAGCUAUUGUAUGGCACAGAUAAAGAUCUUUUCUAAAAUAUGCUGAAUGAUAAUUUUAAAACCCAGACCUGAUUAGCAUCUAUAGGGUAGAUUUUACAGUUGUUUCAUAAAAUAUAUCACAAAUAUUAUCAUAGGGUGUCAUGAGUAGUGUAGCAGUUACAAAUCUCCCUUAGAAUAAUUUAUCAAAACAUUUGCAAAAAUAUUGUUUUGUAAUGGGAACAUUUAAUAGAAAAUGUUGUGAGUAUACUUAAAUUAUGUUUAUAUUACUGCUCGAAAGUAUAUAUGGAGAUUUUUUUGCUUAAAGGAGGUAUCUGCUAUAUUUUUUUGUACAUGCAUUGUACAAACAGACAUUGGCAUAGCAGAUGUGCAGAAAUUAUCAUUAGUAUUCAGCAUACUUUUAAGUACUUUCUUAAAUCUGAGAUAAUUGUGCCAUUUAAGAUUGCUAACAUUCCCAACUCUAUGUAUGAUGCACUACAUUUUCAAACCGGAAAAAAAAAAAAAGAAAAAAAAGGAGAAACUGAAAGCCUGUUUAUUCUUGAAUAUCAUUUUACCUCAUGCUUUGACUAAGAUUUGAUGUUCUCAUUAUUUCAAAAACGGUGCUUAUUUGCAAGAGUUUUCUGUCUUGCAGCCAAAGCUACAAGCAUUCUUGUUACAAAAAAAAAAAAAAAAGCUAAAAAAACCCUCUUGGUAGCUACUUGUAGGGUAACGGACACACUGAAUCCUGUCAUAAUAAUUUAUGAAUGUUUUUUUUUUCUGUAUUGUAAGAAAUUUAAAAUAUCCUUUUUAAAAUUAAAAGCAAGAUUUUACUGUUCACCACAGAUUUACAAUAUACCUCUAUUGGUGCAAUGAACAUAGUAGUGUUCUGCAAUAUUUAUGUAUUUAUACUUAUUUAUUAGCCGGUUUAAAGAGGAUAAGUGUCUCAUAUUUUCUAGUUUGGAUGUUGUCUGCAAUUUCCAUAAAUAAAAGUGUAUUUCUAACAGUUAUUUAUAGGUAAAGGCCUGGAUAGUAGACUAGAUAGCUUUAUCAAUUUGGUAAUUAUUAGUAUAAAUAUGAAUUUAGAUUUAAACAGCAAUAUCUUAGUGGGAUACCCUUCAAUAUAACAUAUAGGACCUUAGCAAUAUAAUUUGUAUUUCAUCUUGGAAAGAAAUAACAGAAUCCCUGAAUAUAUGUCAAAAUUACUAUCGGUUUGGUGUUUUUUUUUUUCCUGCUGUCAUUCAUAUGCAGAGCAUACUUUGAUCUUCAGUUUACAUUUUUUGUUUUUAGAUGGAUUGCAGUGAGUGUUUUUUUAAACCAUCUCUAUUACUUAAGAUUGACACAAAGUAGAAGCAAGCAGGACAGCAAUAAAUAUUUAAAUUUUCUCUGUUGAAAUCUUCUGGCAUUUCCAGUUUUGUGGAGAAAAUUUCUGGAUUUUACCACUGUUCCCAGAAGCCUCAUGUAGUCCAGUAGAUUAAUACUGUCUAGAUCAUCCAUCGUUGUUCUCUGUAGAAAACUGAGAGUCAUAGUACUUUCAACAUAAUUUUUAACGUUUUAAAGCAACCAUUUUUCUUAGUGCUUUGCACAGGAUGGUAAUUCAGCACAGAAGCCCUCAGUUAUAUCAAUUAAGGACUGUUUUUUUCACCUCACUGCUACUCUCAGAAAAGCCCAUUCAUCCUCCUGUUGCUGCUGUACAAAGAGCGGGAGGAAGGGCAGCCUCAGAAGAACAUGAAGCACCUUGUCCUGAGGGGCAGAUACUCUGCCAAAGUCUGAUCCUCUUGCCCAGGUAAGGUGCCACACUGCAAAUGCCCAGGUUCAGGUCACUCCACAUUGUAGACAGGCCCUGAGACUUCACAUUAUAGCAGAUCCUUGUUUGGCCAUUGAGAGUUGAGAAUAUUAAAGUCAACAGGAGAUGAGAGCCAUCAGCAUUUUAUGGACCUCAGAAAUAUUAUUUACUAAAAAAAUACUUUUCUGUGUGCCAUAACACACUCCAUCCACAACUGCAAGUCUUGUGUGUCUGCUCCUGCAUGUAAAAACCCGUUGGGCUACCAUUAUCCUGACUGAUACUGUGUACCUCACAAGAUUAGAUCCAAAAAUGAACUAUGCAGGUGAUUUAAAAAUAAAUAAAUAAUCACCUGCAAUUUAAAGCAGAUCUUCAUGUAUUGUGAGAGUAGAGGAGGUAAAAGAAAAGUUAUGUGCACUGUUCAUAGGUCAAUUUAAUAUGGCUGACUUUAUUAUAAAUGUAUUUAAGAGUAUUUGGUUAUGAGUGUUCUUGCUGCUCAAUCUUUUCUGUAAAUUGACUCACUAACGUAUAAUGGAUUUAUGGAUUUUUUUUUUUUUCAGUUCUUGGCACUGUCAUUGUUGGGUAUAAUGUGAUGUGCUGGAACGUAUUGGCCAUAUCUAAAUGGACUAGAUGUGAGCAACUUUGUAUUUGAAGAAAUAAAAUUGUAUCUCACUCUCUGAA